AUGCCCAUUCGUGGCCUGCAAGAAUUCCUCAGCGAGAGGAGGCUCGUCCAGACGGGCAACAUCAGCUCGCUGGCACACACGAGGCUCGGCAUCGAAGGCGCUAAUUGGCUCAAGAAGCUUCCCGUCAAUGAGCCUUUCCAGGUUGCUACCGGUGGAGCCCCUCUCACCCUCGCCCACGCGGUGGACGCAGAACUCGACAAAUUCAAGAAGGCCUCAGUGAAACCGCUGUUCGUGUUCUCGGGGCUUAAUCUCGUGAAGAAGGAUCGCCCCUUCCUCGCCGGUGGUGCCGACAGUCGCGCGCAGAAGAGAAGCAGCGCGUGGGACGCCUACUACAAGGGACAGAUCUCUCAGGCCGCGUCCCUCUUUGAAAACGCUGAGAAGUACAUCAGCCUCAAUUUCCUCACUGAGGUGUUGCAACACUUCCACGCCCACGGGGUAGAGUUCAUGCGAGCUCCCUACUACUCCUGGCCUCAGGGCUACGUGCAAACCGUGUACGCUGGACUCGAGCUCCUGCUGUUUGGCGUUUCUCGCAUCGUCGUCAGCAUUGACUUUGAGAAAGGAACGUAUGAGUGGGUCGAUCACGCAGCUGUAUUGCGGGAGUUGAACAUGACGCAGGACCAGUUCAUCGAUGCGUGCAUACUUGCUGGCUUCGACCUUUGCUCUACCUUCCCGCCCCUGCUCGAGGGUCCCUUCAACUUCAGAGCCGCUUACGAAAUGGUCAAGGGCUACAAAACCGGACUCACCGCGGUGCAAAACCACAUCAACCAUCCCCAAGUACAAAAGCUCAACUACCUCGACCUGUUCAUGCGCACAAGGAAUGUCAUUCGGCACCACGUCAUUUUCACCACCAACUGUACCUGCGAGCCGUUCAACAAGCACGCUUGCCCAAGCGACCUGCACGAGUUGAUCAGCCCGCGCCUGCCGAAUGAGCUCUAUUUCUUGUUGUGUCAAGGCGGCAUCUUGCCUCAGGUCGUUAAUAACCUGCUCUCUGGCGCUCUUCUCGAAGCGCCGCCUCUGGUGGACUCCGACGAGUACAGGCGCAUGCUCGGCGACUUGAUCGACAUCCGCACCAAGACGCUGGCCAUCCUCUCGCUUUCGCUCCAUGACUGGUACAAGCAAAAGAGAGUUGUAACCAUCCGAUGGUUCGACCCGUCGAGCGAGUACGACCUUGACCACGCCUACAGGGAUGACGUCCUCGAGUACCUCAAGUGCUACGUGAAACACUCGGACAUCAUGAACCAGCUGCAAAAGAUCAACAAAAGUUCCGCUGCCGACAUUGGCCUGAGCUUCGUCCUCCAAAUGGUGCAGGACUUGGGUCCGCCGGAUCUCAGCGUUCCUGAUGAGCCCAUUGUGUCCCAGGAGGAGCUCAUGGCCGCCGUGCUUUUCCAGGGCUUGGAAAUUCGAGGAUACCUCACGCCCGACCGACAACUGACGGUGCUCGGCAAGGCGCUCUCUUUGGUCGAGAGCAAAUAUCAAGAGGAAACGUUCAUCUUGAUCGAGCUUCUCACGACCGGCCAUCUCCAGCCUACUCCGCUUCAUACCCAGCCUAGGAGGCCCCUCUUGGAGGCCAACUCCCCUUACGCCAAGGAGAUCACUCUCAUUUCGCGUGUUGUGAGCUUGCUCUCCAUGAACUACCACGCGGACAAGCCGUGGUCGGGUCCCAUCGACCAUGAACUGAUGGGCUUCAACUCCAUCGUGAAGGCCCUGCAGCGCUCACUGCGAAACUUGACCGAGAUCCUCACCGCGCACGCUGUCAUCACCCACAAAGCCCGCCUCUCCCCCGAGGACUACAUCAACACCUCAUUCAGGCUGCCCUUCCUGAAGGAAAGCAGCACGGCGAUGGGCGUGGUCAUCAAGUACUACCUGCUGGGCGACGACAUGCCCGCCCUCGUUUCCAAGUUCCCCGCGUGCAGGGACAUCACCACCGACCUCAACAACGCCUUCGCCUUCUGGGACCAGGCCAUGAAGGUGCUCGUCUUCCUUCGCGACGUCCAGUUCAUCUCGCCCGAACUCUUUGCCGAGUUUGCCUCCGCCGACAGGCUCCUCCACGGCCAGUGA